AUGACAAUAAUUCAAACAAGUUCAUCAAUCCUUGUGACAUGUCAAGAUUCAUGUGCCUCUAAUUUGGUGGAACUUCAGCAACCAAUUCCUUUUGAUACAAAAUCACUUCUUUGCAGUCCUGUUUGGCCUGAUCACAAUUUCAUCCUCAGAUAUACCAAGGCUUCAUCAGAUGUAUGGAGCUUUAUAUUCUCAUUCCCAACAAACAUAAAAGCAUAUGCAGCUAUAGGGUACUCAAAAGAUGGUAACAUGGUUGGUUCUACAGCAAUUGUAGGGUGGAUGCCCUCUCCAGGGGCAGGAGGAAUGAAAAUGUACUCUCUUGAUGGAAAAUCAGCAAAAGAUGUGAUUCCUGACAAAGGAGAACUUUAUAUGAUGAAUGCUUCCAUAGUUCCAGCUAGCACUUCAUUAGGUUACAUGAUUUUCCAAUUGAAAGCUACACAACUUACUACAAAAUUGUUAUUUGCCAUUGGACCAAAUGGUGUAUUUCCUAAUUAUCCAGAUUAUGCCUUGUCCAAACAUAGUGGUCAAAUAUCAUUGGUCAUUGAUUAUUCAAAAGGUACAAUUAGAGAAGUUUCUAAUCUAAAACUUAGAAGAAGCCAUGGCAUCCUAAACAUUGCAUCAUGGAGCAUUCUAAUGAUAAUAGGAUCCAUAAUUGCACGUUAUUUCAAGCAAUGGGAUCCCAUUUGGUUUUAUUUGCAUGCUUCUAUUCAAAUAUUUGGAUUUCUAGCUGGCAUAGUUGGAAUAUUUUGUGGACUUGUCUUGUCUAAGAAACUUGAUUCUAAAGUAACUCAUCACAAGAAUAUAGCAAUUCUCAUUAUCGUUCUUGGAUGCCUCCAGGUAUUGGCCAUUAAAUUACGACCAGGAAAAGAUUCAAGGAUACGUAAAUAUUGGAAUUGGUACCAUUAUAACAUUGGAAGAAUUUUGAUUUGCUUUGCAGUGGCUAACACAUUUUAUGGACUCCAUUUAGGAGGUGAAGGAUCUAAGUGGUUUCUUGCUUAUGGAGUUUCAAUUGCAAUCUUAGUUAUUUUUGCUUUCAUUUUGGAGAUAAGAAAAUGGAUUAUUGUUAGAAAAGAGACUAACUCCACAAAGAUUCCAUCUUUUCCUCAAUCCAAUGUGGAGUUAGCUUACUAA